AUGAAUGACCAUGUACCUACCGACAAUGAUGUAAACACGAAGAUCUUUCAUUCCAUUGCAGAUGUCUUUCAAAAAGCUCAGUCAACUUAUGCAGGUCAUAGGAAGCACAUAGCAGUGCUGAAGAAAAUUCAAUCAAAAGCUGUAGCUCAAGGAUAUGAAUCUGCUUUUAUCUAUUGGUUCAAUACACUUGUUACAAAGAUAUUGCCAUUAAAAAAGACUGAGAUUGUUGGAGACCGUAUUGUGAAACUAGUGGCUGCCUUUGUGGCCUCGCUUGAUCGUGAGAUUGAGCUUUUGCGUAAGAAUAGCAAAGCAAUUGAAACAGUGCAUGAGGAGGUCUUCUCAAGGUUUGUGGAUCAGUUUGUCAGACAUAUUCUCAGAGGGGUAGAGAGUAAGGAUAAAAAUGUGCGGUAUAGAGUAGUGCAACUGCUGGCAGUCAUGAUGGAUAAUAUUGGGGAACUUGAUGAAUCUCUAUACAAUUUGCUAACCUGGUCUCUUAAUAAAAGAGUAUGCGAUAAAGAAGCAAACGUUAGAAUACAGGCUGUGUUUUGCUUAACAAAAUUCCAGGAUGAAGAUUUUACCGAUGGUGACAGUAUGGACGAUGCAACGCGGACUUUGAUGAAAGUGGUUCAAAAUGACGCUUCUGCCGAAGUUCGUCGAGCGGCUAUGUUGAAUCUUGUCAAUAAUCCGGCCACACAGUCCUAUAUAUUAGAGAGAGCCCGGGAUGUUAAUCAAGUUAAUCGUCGAUUGGUCUACUCAAGAAUCUUGAGAUCUAUGGGGAGAGAUUGUUUCGAACAAGUAGACUCUAGAAUCAUUGACCAGCUCAUUAAAUGGGGGUUAGAAGAUAGAGAGAAGAAUGUACGAAAAGCUUGCACCAAAUUGAUAUCCCACGACUGGCUGAAUUCGAUGGAUGGAGAUCUUAUAGGGCUUCUAGAAAAAUUGAAUGUUACUAACUCUUUGGUAGCAGAAAAGGCCAUGGGUUGCCUAUUUCAAGCUCGUCCUGACAUUAUUGCGAAAGUCAAAUUUCCAGAAGACAUCUGGAAAGAGUUUACUGUGGAGAUAGCUUUUCUUCUUAGAUGCUUCUAUAUUCACUGCGCUGAAAACAAACUGACGGACGUCUUGGAGACCAACUUCCCUGAAGCAACUAGAUUUGCCGAUAUUUUGAAUUAUUAUAUUCAAGAAAGGUUUUACGGAAGCAAUAAUAUUCUGUCAGAAGCAGACAAACGAAACUUGGAUUUUAUUUUGCAACAAUUGUUAAUCACAGCAAACAAAUAUGAUUUUGGUGAUGAAAUUGGAAGAAGGUCGAUGCUGAUCGUGAUCAGAAAUAUGUUGGGUAUCUUUGAGUUGCAUGAGAGCCUUAUCGGGAUUGGUUUACAGGUCUUAAAAAGCUUAUCAAUUAACGAGAAUGAUUUUGUCACCAUGGCGAUCGAAAUCAUUAAUGAUAUUAGAGAUGACGAUAUUGAGAAGCAGGAGCAGGAAGAAACUUUGAGAGCAAAGAGCGCUAAUGGUAAUAAAGAGGACGAAGAGAACGAUAAUUUAGACUCAUUUCAUAAAGUGGUUGAGGAUGCAGUCAGCGGUAAAAGCAUGCCUUCAGAACAGGACAUAAUGAAAAAUCUACAAAGUCAGAAGGAGGUUAGACCUGAAACUGUAGUCGCGUGUCUGACUCGAUCGUCCCAUAUGCUUGCACUAGUUAACAUGCCACUAGAGCAGAAUAUCUUGAUAACUUCUCUGAUUGAUACUAUCAUAACUCCCGCUGUCAGGAAUACUGAGCCAAAAAUAAGGGAGCUUGGUGUCACGAACCUAGGUCUUUGUUGCCUUUUGGAUGUCCAACUUGCCACCGAUAACAUGUACAUUUUGGGUAUGUGUGUGUCGAAAGGUAACGCAUCAUUGAAGCAGAUCGCGUUGAAGGUUAUAGUCGAUAUUUUCUCUGUGCACGGUUCAGUAGUUGUUGAUGGUGAGGGCAAGGUUGACUCGAUAUCACUCCACAAAAUCUUUUACAAGGUUUUGAAGAAUGACGAUUUACCUGAAUGCCAGGUUGUUGCUGCUGAAGGGCUAUGCAAGCUGUUCUUGACCGACGUUUUCACAGAUGAUGACCUCUUCGAGACGUUGGUUUUGUCCUAUUUCUCACCUGCAAAUACAUCCAACGAGGCCCUUAUCCAGGCAUUUGCCUUCUGCAUCCCUGUAUACUGCUUUUCUCAUCCAAACCACCAGAAGCGGAUGUCAAGAAUAGCUGCAGACGUUCUAUUAAGACUCUGUAUGUUGUGGGAUGAUCUACAGACCUCUGACGAACCAAAUAUUAAUCGAGAUGCCAUGAUGAAGCCGAAUAUAAUCUUUCAGCAACUACUACACUGGACUGAUCCAAGGAAACUGAUAAACCAAACAGACGACGAUGCUGAGAAAAGUAAUGUACAAUUGGACUUUGUUCUUGACAUCACUAAAAUGCUUUCCAGAAUCGAUAAGAAGGAGAUUAAGAAGAUGCUAGUCACCAACAUUAACGCAACACAGAUUACCUCUGGUCAAGAUUAUGAUAAACUAAAGCAAGCUUUGGAACAUAUUGAGGAUGUCUUAGAGAACGAAACGCUUGACUCAGCUAGCAUUAAUUCGCUAGAAAAGUUUAAGAAGACUUUGAUGCAAGCGCUAGACGAUGCGUAUGACAGGCGUCAGGAUAAAGUAGGCGAGGAUUCAGACGGUGCCAAUGCGCAAUACUCUGCAAUCUUGGAAAGCGUUCCUACUGAAGUACAAUCCAUUACCAAGAAUGAUCAAACUCCGAGUGACAUAAUUACUGGUUCAGUUGACAGCGACCCAACUUCAAGAGAGUCUGGACAACCUUCAGAGCCCAGUAGGAAGAGAGGACGGUACGACGACGAAAAGCAGACGCCGUUUGGGGAUACUAGCGAAAAGUCUACUGACACUCAGAGAAAUGUUAGCUUCGCCUUGCCCACAUCGGAGAAUGAGGGUUCGGAUGGAGAAAUGUCAAUCGAUUUAGAUGACAGUGCAUAUGUUGAAAAAUGA